AUGCCAACAGGACCUUCAAGUAGAGUGCUUAGGGAUAUACAUAGACGUGAGAUGGUAGCUAAGCGGGAGGUACAGAGAAGGUCUUUCCUCUACGUCGCUAGGAAUACCACCUUACCCUCUCAAGUACGCCACCAAGCACAACUCACUCUAAACUCAUUUGAAUCUGCUUCAAGGCCAACCAUGAUUCGUAACAGGUGCAAAGUCACAGGUAGAGGCGCGGGUUUGCAGCAGGGACUUACGCGUUUCCAAUUCAGAUUACAGGCGUUGAGAGAUGAAUUGGAAGGUGUACAUAAAGCUUCGUGGUAG